AGGCGGAAGUUCGUAGCAAACGACAACAAAGGUUGUGAUUAUUGGCAGAAACGAUUAAAAAAUAAUGACGCCGCCAAAAAAUCAAGAUGGAAGCGAAAAUCUUUGGAAACUUACAUGGAAAAAAGAUUGGCUAUACUUGUACAGGAAAAUCAAAUGUUAAGAUUGGAACUUAAAAAUUUACGU